ACCAAAGGGCGACUGAGUGGGGGCGUAUUGGAUCCACACCUUGACAGUCGUCAUGUGAUGAAAAAAAGUUAUUUAAAGCCCUACUUUAAAGUCAUGUGAUCACAAAAAAGCAAAAAUGGCGGAAGGCGAUUCAUCAGGGAGUGUGGAAAACAUUAAGAAAUGGGAAGAGCUGGCUUCAGAUGGGGAUGAAGCCAGUCAGGUGCUCUUAGGAGAGCACUAUCUAAAGCUGGCUGACUCAGGUUCCGAGGAGGAUAGGCAAAAAUACGGGAAAAUAGCCGUCACGUGGCUGAUAGAGGCCUCCAAACAGGGAAAUGAGAAAGCGGAUGAACUCCUGAACAAAUGUCUCCAAACAAAAACAGGUGUGGAUGACUCCAACAGAGAGGUAAUAGACUGGUGCCUAGAAACCUCAGAUGUCGAGAAAAAGAUCCGGCGAGCUGCCAAAAACAUGUUCCGAGCCAUCAACGGCACUCAGAGGGAAGUUCUGUCUCGAGCUGAUUACAUAGAAUCCGUCAAAAAACUCGCAGGGGGAGAUAAACUGGAGGAAAAACUACUCCUGGCUGCAGGAAAGAAGAUUGGUGAUACAAUUAGUGAAACAGAAUUUGUCAAAGUCCUGUCUAAGAAAAUUCAAGGGCAGAUAACUCUAUCUCCUGAUGAAAUGGGUGAAGGCUCAGUGGAGUACAAGCAUGCUGGCCUGUAUGAAAAGGUAACCCGAUAUCCGAAAGAGACAGCAGUGGCCCUGUAUGAGACUGGAUUAGAGUAUGUUUCUAAGGAAGGGCUGGACUUUGUGAUGAAGAUGAUCCCCACCAAUCAGAUUUAUCUCCUCUCCGUCUUCUUCCUCUACAGCUUCAUCAGUGCUGCCCUCAUCUUCCAGGUUGUCCCCCUUGUCGUAUUCUACCUCACCUUUGGGGUCAUGGGGGUCACGACCCUUCAGAUGUUCUACAAGAAAAGGAAAUUGAAGGAAGCAAGCAAGCUUGCAGAUGUUCUGAAGACGUAUGACGUUGGCGUUGAUGUAGAGCAGACAACGUCUCAGUUUACAUGGAACUCGCUGACUCCUUAUUUAGUCUUCUUCGGUGCUCUACCCCUAAUGGUGGUUAGUUUUUCACUAGCAAACAAGAGUUACAUCCCUUGUUCUGAAAUCUGUGUUCUUUGUGGGGUUCUCUCAGCCAUUUGCUUUGUUGCCCUGAGUGAUCAUUAUGAUUUACUGACAUUGUUGUCUCUCUUUUGUAAUCUUCUCUCUGCCUUACCAACUUUCUUUCAUCAUUUCCCACAGAUACCAUUUUUCACCAAACUUCUUCAUAUAUUUACAGAUGCAAUAUUUACAAUUAAUUGUGGAUCAGGGUUUAAGAUCCAUUUUGGGAUCCCUUCCCUGGCUUUUCUGCUGAUUCCUCUUAUCUUUGUUAUAAUGGCUGCCCAGAAGUCCUGGAAAGGUGUGUACAGAGUCCUCAUUCCACAUCUUGUCUGCUACUUUUGGUUCAACCUCAUGCUAAGUUUCUUUCCAUUUUCUUCUUGGAAAGGUUUGAUAAGAGCCACAUUGGGCUAUUUCCUCUUGCCAUUUCUGAUUCCCCUUGCCUUGUUGAUCAUUGCUGGAGGCAUCAUCUAUAUGUUUUACAGUCUCCUUCAUACCCAAAUCUUUGGAAAGCUUUUGAUCACUUUGAUCUUUGCUGCAGUUCCACUGUUGAUGACCCAGACGAAACUCUUUGUCGGAAAGAAGUUAGAAAGUAAAAUUAAACCUGUAAAGAUUGCCAUUAUGGUUGUAUUUGGUGUUCUGGCUAUACUUCCUUUAAUUUUCAUCCGUCUUCCUACAGCAAAAACCCCAAAACCAUUUAAUAUGUCUUUCACAGAAUAUAUGGACUUUUGUGGAGACAAUGAACUUGACAAAAGCUUUAAAUGUCUACACCUUGAAGGACAAAAAGUUACCUGGAAUGGAAAAUUUUCACGUGCUGAAAUUAAGAGUGUGGCAAAUAAUAUUGAACCACUCCUAAGUGCAUUUCCUGGUUUUAUUGCAAAUGAAAUUCGUUGUUUAUAUGGACAAAAAUUCGGAGAUUGUGACGAUGUAAACAAAACAGAAUCGGACCGCAAACUCUGUCGAACUAUGGAUGAUCUUGGUCACGAAUGUCAUUUAAGGAAUCUUGACAAGUACACAUUUGAAGUUUAUAUUUCAAUGCCAAGGUAUGUAAUAGCAGAGUUAGAUGCUGGUCAUUCAUUCAGAGAGACCUUGUCAGCUUUGCAGGUUAACGACGAGGUAGAGUUCACGGGAACACUGAUUAAGGGCCUGGGCACAAGGAACCCCAAACUGGUGCUAAGACAUAUUACAUGUACCAGCAGGCAGCUGAAUAUCAUGGUGGAUCUGGAAGAAGAAAGCGUAGAGGAAAAAGUGAAGAGGGAACUCAAUAAUGCUAUCACUGUGACCUUUAAUUUCUUCUGGUACCCUCUUGUGGAGUUUGCACCUUGACCUUGAUUAUGCCUUCUAAGACUCCUUUCAAUUUUUCUUGUACUCUCUUGUAUAGUACUAGUUCUCACGUUGAACUCAAUAAUGCCUCAACAGUAACCUUUCACUUCCUCUAUUAUCCUCUUUUAUGUUUUUUUUUGGUUGAUAUUUAUCCAGUGAGUUUUCAAAUGUGUGUAAAAUGAAAAAAAAAAAUCAAUAGAUUGCAAGGCACAUAUUUUAAAGUUAAAUGAAAUUUUUCAAAAACAAUCAUUGGUCUCAAUGCUAAGAAAAUCGGGAAUUAUGUACUAAAAAACACAAGGAAGAUUUGAGAAGAUCUGUUUUUCUUUCUAUACCAUGUAUAUUGGUACAUGAAUGUUUUCAAUAUAAUUUGCAAUACAUGCAGAUUCAUGUCUGAAUAAUUAAAAAAAAAUAUAUGCAUUUAUUCUUGCAAAAUAUAUAUACAGUAUAGUCUAGUCUACAUGUAUAUAAAUUAAUUAAACAAGGUGUUUUGCAAUUUAUUUCAUAUUAAA